AUGUUCUCUCGCUCAGCUCUGCGGAGCCUCGCCUCCGACCUUCGCCGGACUGCACCGUCCACAAUUUCAUCCGCAGCUCCCCUUCAGCAACGAGCAUGCCUGCACCAGACAACAUCAUGGAUGAACUCGCAAGAAACCCGGACCCAGUCGUCAUCCUCGAACCCUGAAUCACCACUCAGCGCCACUCCUCGUGCACAAGACUCCCAGCCCAAGGCCGAGGCGGAGGCGCCCCGUUUCGUGCCCACAACACGCGCCCACCUCCCCAUUGAGAAACAACCCAUCGCGCCCAACUUCACCGCCCCUCUCGAAGUGACGAAAUCUCUCAUGUCACAACUCCCUCACCUCGCCGGCCAGAAGCCGCACUACGUGGUCGCUCAACUCCACGCAAAACCAUACCUCUUGACAGAAGGUGAUCACCUCCGGUUGCCUUUCCUCAUGCCAAACGUUAAGGCGGGCGACAUCCUGCGCUUCAACCGUGCUUCCGCGCUUGGAUCUCGCGAUUUCACAAUGAAGGGCGCUCCCCAUAUCGAUGAGCGUAUCUAUGAGUGCCGGGUUCGUGUGACGGGUGUCGAAUCGGAGCCGUUGCGUAUCAAGGAGAAAACGAAGCGGAGACAGAGGCACGUUAAGCAGGCUAAGAGCAAGCACCGCUAUACUAUCAUGCGCGUGAUGGAUGUGCGGGUUAAGACUCCGGAUGAGUUGUUGGAGGAGGGUGCCAUUGUUGUGGAAGAUGGAGAGGAUAGCUCGGUUAUUGAACCCCGGUCAUGA